CCCAAAGAGAGAGAGAGAGAGAGAGAGAGAGAGAGGGAGGAGAGAGAGAGAGACGUCCAGCUUCAUCUUCAUCAUCCCAUCCUCUUCAUGGUUAAGAUUACUUUCAAGUGGACUUUCAUUCAAACCCUCCGCCUCCUCCUUUGCCUCCCUCGUCAACUUCCAGCGGAGUCGCAGGAUGAACUUUCUGGGCUUUCUGCUCUGUGGAUUGUACGCGGGCUUUGCCGAAGGCAGCGACCAAGCGGGUAAAGGCAGGUACAGCGAGCCGGUGCUGGAGGGGGCGCUUGGUCAGGUGGUGCUGGAGGUCAACCACACCCUCCAGCUCAACUGCAGGGGUCGCUGGGAGCUCUCCUGGUCUUUCCCCCCAGACGUGGCCGUGGAUCAGGUCCACGUGCGCGACUCCCGCUGCGGCAAGUCCCUGCAGCUCCACUGCAGCCGCCUGACGCUCGGCGGCGCCCGGGCCCACCACACGGGGACCUUCCGUUGCCGGUACCGCCAGCGAGUCCAGAAGCAGGCGUCUGUUUACGUGUUUGUGGCAGACAGCCGGCAGCCAUUUGUGGAGCAUCCGGAGAUGAGUCCUUACGUGUUGUACAUGAAGGAGAAGCAGCCGCUGGUCAUCCCGUGCAGGGUCACCCAUCCCAACAUCACCAGCAGCCUGGUCAAGUUCCCCAGCCAAAGCCUGAGUCCGGACCAGAGGAACAUCAUGUGGAGCAGCAAGACCGGCUUCACCAUCCGCAGUCCGACCUUCUACUACAUCGGCCUCUUCUUCUGCCAGAGCGUCCUGGACGGCGUCACGCACAAGUCCCGCAUUUACUUUGUCCACAGACCAGUGAGUGAAAUCAUGGAGGUGUACCUGAACAGCAGCGGUCCCGUGCAGGCCUUGAAGGGCGAGAGCUUGGUUCUCAACUGCACCGCCACCGGAGAACUCAACACCAGGGUCAACAUCACCUGGGACUACCCCGGCAAGAGCAGCAACAGCGGCUCCACGUCCAAACGCCUCCUGAAGCACAGAACCCACAUGCUCUUCUACAGCAUCCUCACCAUCCCCAAACUCCAGCGCUCCGACCGCGGCCUCUACACGUGCCGCGUCAGCAGCGGCGACAACACCAAACAGCAGAAAGUGGGCGUGACCGUCUACGAUCGUCCGUUCAUCCGCCUGAAGCCCAGACGAGGAUCCGUGAUGGAGGCUCAAGCGGGACAGAAAUCGUACCGGAUCUCGCCCAAACUGCGAGCCUUCCCGGCCCCCGAGGUCAUCUGGUUGAAGGAUGGCAUGGUGGCGGCAGAGCAAUGCUCCAGGUACCACAUGGACGGGAACUCUCUGGUCAUCAGGGACGUGGCCGAGGAGGACGCCGGGAAAUAUACCGUCCUCGUACGCAUCCGGGAGCAUGGACUCUACCACAACCUCACGCUAACGCUGGUGGUCAACGUGAGCCCUCAGAUCGGCGAGAAAGCCGUCUCGUCGCAGGACCCGGGGUCUGUGCCCCGGGGGAGCAGACAGUCUCUCCACUGUACGUCCCACGGUGUCCCCCCUCCUCACAUCCAGUGGCUGUGGCACCCCUGCCCCCCGAAAGGCCUGUGUGCGGCUCCGACAUCCUCCUCCCUGUGGACUCGUGUGACGGCGGACAGCGUUCCCGCCACGUCCACGCACAACCACAUCCUGAGCGUGGCGCUUAGACAGGAAGUGCUUGAGGGGAAGAAGAAGAGUGUUGGGGUUCUAACGGUGGGCCAGGCUCUCGUGACGGGGGUGUAUCGCUGCGUCGCCUCCAACGCUGCAGGUGUGGACCAACUGGACGUUGGCUUCUAUGUCACAGACGUCCCAGGAGGCUUUGGCGUGAGCCUGGGUGAAGAACCCACCGAGGGCGGGGACCUCCACCUCACCUGUCGAGCCAACAAGUACCUGUACACCGCCCUGUCAUGGCGGAGGCUGGACCGCACUCACGCCUCCAGCGGGGGCACCGCCCUGCACGCCCACCUCACCACGGGGGAAUUCUCCCACUCGCUGCUGCUGUUGCUAAGCAACCUGAGCGCCGAGGACUCCGGGGCUUACGGUUGCUCCGCCCACCACCUUGUCACAGGACUGGAGACACACCUGGUCACGCAGGUGAAGGUCUCAGCCUUGGAGCCUCCAGUGCUGCGUAACAAUCUAACAGAUUGCACCGUCAACAUCAGCAACUCAGUGACCCUCCAUUGCUCCAGCGAGGGUGUCCCGCGCCCGACUGUCACGUGGUACAAGAACCAACGCGCCCUGCUGCCAGGAUCAGGGAUUGUGAUGUCAGGGGAGGAAGGUUCCCUCCAUAUUGAGCGCAUCACAGCGGAGGACCAGGGUCUGUACACCUGCAAGGCCAUCAAUCUGAGAGGAGCUGCACAGAGCUCCGCCUACAUUUGGGUCACUAGUGCAUCGGAGGCGUCUUCCAUGGAGGUUCCCACGCUGGCUUGUACCUGCGUGGUGGCGACGUUCCUCUGGCUUCUCCUGACGCUCCUGAUUCGAAAACUCAGACAGCCUCACGACCCCCGCAGCAAAGCAGAGUACCUGUCCAUCAUCGUGGACGCAGGAGGCGGUCCCCUGCAGGAGGAGGGGGGGGGCAGACUCCACUAUGACUCCAACCAAUGGGAGUUCCCUCGAGAGCGCCUCAAAUUAGGCAACAAUCUGGGCCGUGGAGCCUUCGGGAAGGUGGUGCAGGCGUCCGCCUUCGGGCUGGACGACGCCUCCGGCUGCAGGAUGGUGGCGGUGAAGAUGCUUAAAGAGGGCGCCACAGACAGCGAGCGCAAAGCCCUGAUGACCGAGCUGAAAAUUCUCAGCUACAUCGGACAUCACGUCAACGUUGUCAACCUCCUGGGGGCCUGCACCACGCCUGGAGGCCCACUCAUGGUCAUCGUGGAGUUCUGUCGCUAUGGAAACCUCUCCAGCUUCCUGAAGAGCAAGCGAGACGUGUUUGUGCUCAAGCGGGGCCCACAAGGGACAAGUUGGCAUCCGCCCACGGGACCAGGCUUUGGUGACCAUGACAUCCGGACUUCCGACACGGCUUUGUUCCUGGAGGACCUGGUCUCCUUCAGCUUCCAGGUGGCACGAGGGAUGGACUUCCUGGCCGCUCGAAAGUGUAUCCACCGAGACCUGGCGGCCCGAAACGUCCUCCUGGCAGACGACCGAGUGGUGAAGAUCUGCGACUUCGGCCUGGCCAGAGACAUCUACAAAGACCCCGACUACGUGCGCAAGGGAGACGCCCGCCUGCCUCUCAAGUGGAUGUCUCCGGAGUCCAUCUUUGACAAAGUCUUCACCACUCAAAGUGACGUCUGGUCCUUUGGCGUGCUCCUCUGGGAGAUCUUCUCUUUGGGAGCGUCCCCGUACCCUGGUCUCCACAUCGAUGAGGAGUUCUGCCACAGACUGAAGGCAGGAACCAGGAUGAGAGCGCCGGAGUUCAGCACGGCUGACAUUUACAGUACCAUGCUGGCCUGCUGGGAGGCCGAGCCCAGCCAGCGACCUUCCUUCUCCCAGCUGGUGGAGACCCUGGGGGACCUGCUCCAGUCCAUGGUGCAGCAGGGGGGGAAGGACUACAUUCCUCUGGGAUGGCCGGAGAAAGCUGAACCCGGCUGGGACAAAAGCCUCGCCGUCACUAACCUCAGUUACAUGCGGGCCGUGGCCACCCUCCAGACCUUUGAGGUUCCCUGCCAGGGCGACGCUGGUCGUGGACGUGAUGAUGAGGAUGAGCAGAGCGACAGCGGCAUGGUCCUUCCAUCAGAGGAGCUCCAGCACCUGGCGUGGAACCACAGGAGCACCGGGAAGCUCAGCAGUAAGCAUCCAGACAAGGACGGUCUCCACGGCGACGAGACGCCCGUCCAUCCAUGCGACCGGGGCUCCCCGACGACAACGCUGCCCUCCUCCGCCCCUCCCUCUAACAUCUCCCUCACCUUCUAGAUCGGCCAUAUUUACUCAUCUUUCACUUCUUAUUGUGGUAUUUCUACCUCGCUGAGCUUUGUUAGAAUGACGCCAUUAUAUGCUGGAUCAAGUCUGUGUUUCAUCAGGACUAUUUACUCUCAUAUGGUACAUCAUCUUUUCCUGGAAAGUAAGCAAAAAUAUAAAACAGCUGACAUACUCCAUUUUGUUCAUAUGUACUUUGCCAGGUGGAGAACAGACUUUAGCUUUAUGAUUGACAGGCUGGCCAAACGUGGUUUAUGUUGGCGCUGCCUGUCAUUAUUGAUGGAAAGAUGAAUUAGCUGAACGGUCAGAUGCUAACUGCGUUUAUGACAACAUCACUUUAGUUCUUCUUUAUUAAAAUACUGCUGUACACACAAAUAUUGCAAAGUCUGAGACGAUGAACACAAGAGGGGCAAAAACACACCAGGAUGCUGUGGGGUUGAUUACUGGAGUGUGUGUUAGCAUGUGGCUGGUCAAGUGAUGCUG